UGUGUGACCGCAGAGCCCUGAUGUGUGUCCGGACCUGAACAGGACGUUGGCGAUGUCGCUGCUGCGGUGCAUUCUGGGAGAUCUGCGCGGACGAGGACAACUCCUGAGGACAUUUGUGACGUCGCCUCUGAGCUCAACGAUCCGGCCAACCCGGCGGGAUGUCCGUCCUCCUCAGCAGGUCCGUUUCCUGUCCCAGGGUCGGGACUCGGCGGCGGCGGCGAAGCUGAAGCUGCGGACGCGGCUGCUCGUCACGCUGCUGUUCGGCGGCGGCAUCAUGGCCGUCUGGUGGUUCGUCCACUGGGAGAAGCAGCAGAAGCUGCGGCGGCAGCGCGUGGAGCAGCUGCGGCAGGUGGCGCUGGGUCAGGGCACCUUCAGCCUGCUGGACCACCACGGGCGGCGCCGGACCAAGCAGGACUUCCUGGGCAGCUGGGUUCUGCUGUACUUCGGCUUCACUCACUGCCCCGACAUCUGCCCCGACGAGCUGGACAAGCUCAGCGCCGUGGUGGCCUCGCUGGACCGGGACGCCUCGCUGCCGCCGGUGCAGCCGCUCUUCAUCACCGUGGACCCGGACAGGGACGACGUGGCGGCGCUGGCCCGAUACGUCCAGGACUUCCACCCGCGGCUGAUCGGACUGACGGGAACCACGGAGGAGGUGAAACAUGCGGGGCGGGACUACAGAGUGUACGCCAGCGCCGGGCCCAAGGACGAGGACGGAGACUACAUCGUGGACCACACGAUCCUGAUCUACCUGGUCAGUCCGGACGGGCUGUUUCUGGACUACUACAACAGGAUGAAGAACCAGGAGCAGAUCGCAGAGAGCGUCAAGAACCACAUCAACAGCUACGUCCGGAUCUGAACCCAGACUCUUCUGAAGCAGGAAGUACUGGACUUGAACUGGGUCCUGAACCAUGAUGCUGCCACCGCCGUGCUUCAUGGUGGAGACGGUCUAUCUGUGAUGUUCUGCCGUGUUUGGUGUCCAAAUAUAACUAACAUGGACAUGACAACCUUAUACCUCCUGUUGAACAAGUUCUGGUCCGUUCCACAUGAGCAGCGACGUCAGGAUGUAAAACCAGAGAACUAAACGUUCUCUUCAGCUUUGAGUUUGAGCAGAAAACAAACCUGCUGUGGUUUAAAAUCAGGUCCUUUCAGUUGUUUUAGAGCAUAAAUGUUGACCUGAACCCAUCAGUCUCUCUGCUGGUCAUCAAACACGGUGUUCUGAUGACUCGACCCAGUUGGUGUCAGUAUAAAGGAGUCUGGAUGAGCAGCUGGUUGAUGACUUUAUCAAAAGCUUUGGUUCUGGAGGCCCGUAGGAACUUUAGAACAUCAUGAGUGCCUGAGGAGAACCACAGCUAACGGUCAGAGUUCUCAGAACAUCUUCAUGACCCAGAUACAGAACAGUGGGGACCUCCAGAGGAGGAACCAGGUCUUUGCUGUGAACUGUGACGUACGUCUGAAACUUUUCACUCCAAUAAAUGUUUGUUUUGAAA